CCGUACAGCGGCGAUGCCCCGCAGCCCGGCCUCGGCCCCCGGCCCGCCCAGCUAGCCCCGCGCCGGGACUCUCGGAGCAGCGAUGGGCAACACGGUGCACCGGACCCUGCCAGACUCCAGCCCUCCUGCCCGCCUCCUGGCCACCCGCCCUUGCUACGGCCCUGGCCCAGAGAGGCGUGCUGUCCUGGGUGAGGCACCACGCUUCCACGCGCAGGCCAAGGGCAAGAACGUGCGGCUGGACGGCCACUCGCGCAGGGCUACACGGCGCAACAGCUUCUGCAACGGUGUCACCUUCACGCAGCGUCCCAUCCGCCUGUAUGAGCAGGUACGGCUGCGCCUGGUGGCCGUGCGUCCUGGCUGGAGCGGUGCCCUGCGCUUUGGCUUCACUGCGCAUGAUCCGUCUCUCAUGAGCGCGCAGGACAUCCCCAAGUACGCCUGCCCGGAUCUGGUCACAAGGCCUGGAUACUGGGCCAAGGCGCUGCCUGAGAACCUGGCGCUUCGGGACACGGUGUUGGCAUACUGGGCCGAUCGCCAUGGCCGCGUCUUCUACAGCGUUAACGAUGGUGAGCCGGUGCUGUUCCACUGUGGCGUGGCCGUGGGGGGCCCACUCUGGGCACUUAUCGACGUCUACGGCAUCACCGACGAGGUGCAGCUGCUGGAGAGCACCUUCGCGGACACACUGACACCCCUGCGCCUGGGCCAGGCCCGCCUCAGCGCCUGCCCUCCUCCUGGCAGCCACGACACCGCCAACUUCGACAACAAUGAGCUGGAGAAUAACCAGGUGGUGGCCAAGCUGGGUCACCUGGCUCUCGGCCGUCAGGACGCCGCCGUCCCGUGCGUGGCCCGCGAUCGCGCGCGGCCCGCGUCGUCUCCCGCGCUGUUGGACGCGGAGCUGCGCUUCCAUGCCACGCGCGGCCCCGACGUGAGCUUGUCCGCCGAUCGCAGGCUGGCCUGCGCGUCCCGGCCCGACGGCGGCCGCACGCUGGUGUUCUCCGAGCGGCCACUGCGGCCGGGGGAGAGCCUGUGCGUGGAGGUGGGCCGGCCGGGACUGGCGGCACCCGCGGCUGUGGCCUUCGGCAUCACGUCGUGCGAUCCCGGCGCGCUGCGGCCAUCCGAGCUGCCCGCCGACCCUGCCGCGCUGCUGGACCGCAAGGAAUACUGGGUGGUGGCGCGCGCCGGUCCGGUCCCCAGCGGCGGCGACGCGCUCAGCUUCACCCUGCGGCCGGGUGGCGAUGUACUGCUCGCCGUGAACGGGCGCCCACGGGGACGCCUGCUGUGCGUGGACACCUCGCAGGCGCUCUGGGCCUUCUUCGCGGUGCGUGGAGGAGCGGCAGGCCAGCUGCGCCUUCUGGGUAUCCUGCAGUCCAGCCCUGAGACCACAACCCCAUCGGGGUCCUUCAGCGGCUCCCAGGAUGACAGUGAUUCGGACAUGACCUUCAGUGUCAACCAGUCUUCCUCGGCAUCAGAGUCAUCUCUGGUGACCGCCCCCAGCUCCCCGCUGAGCCCCCCAGUGUCCCCAGUCUUCUCUGCACCUGAACCAGCAGGCAGCAGGAACGGAGAGUGUACAGUGUGCUUUGACAGCGAAGUGGACACGGUCAUCUAUACGUGUGGACACAUGUGCCUCUGUCACAGCUGCGGCCUGCGGCUCCGAAGGCAGGCACGGGCCUGCUGCCCCAUCUGCCGGCGGCCCAUCAAGGAUGUCAUCAAGAUCUACAGGCCGUAGCGGUGCCGCUGCCUCGGCCAAGGCAAGGUCACCUUUCGGAAGCCCCUGUCAGGUGGGCGACACCAUGGCUACCAGGGAGCCCAAAGUCAGAAGCCAUCUCUCAUCUGCCGCUCCGCAGUGAUGAGCGAGGCAGGACAGGUGUGGUGAUGAGGCCCUGGGGGCCAGAGCCCAGGCAGGCAUUGCUUCUGGCUCAGACACACGCUGCCCCCAAAAGCCUGUCCCAAGAUUCAGCUCAGGAACUGCCUGGCAGAUCACCUGCCUCUUGGUGACCUUCCGCUGGGAAAGGGUGCCCUCUGUCUGUGCAAUGCUUCUUCGGGGUUGGGUUGAGUGUGUGUGUCGGGGUGGGGUGGGGGAGACAGCACAGGGAAUGAGUGUGAGCGAACGGGUGAGGGCGUGUGUGCGGGUGUUCUGUGCGGGGAUCUGUCGUCUCCCGGAGGGUAUUUAACACUAAGGGAUGUGCAAUCCGGGCCCAGAUGUUAAUGUGAUGGUUGUCCACUUUCUGGGGGUGUGGGUUUCUGCAACGAGCUAGCUUUGAACACAUGAGGCCUGAACCUACUUACACAUUUCGAACUCCUUCGGCGGUAUAGAAAGAGGCACUCACAUUUCCUAAGGGAAAGCAAAAAUAACUUCACUGUUUACAGCUCCCAGAAACAACUGAGGGGAAACGUGGGCAGGGACAGAAGAGCACAGGUGGCAUUCAACCGCCUUCCCAUGGCGGCUGAGGACAGGUGCCCCAAGCCCUAGCAUCCUGGAUUCCUUCAUCCCCAGCCAGUAAAACAGUAAGCGCCUGGCCUCUCGGCCCCGUCCCUACAUGCCGUGGAGUUUUAUAAUGCCCCUGCUGUUCUCUGGGGCGACUCCAUAACUCCGGUGGUAGAAUUAAGGAGAGCUGUGGGCAUGUCCCAGCCACCAGCUGGCAGAAGCCAGAAGACCCAGACUCCCUAUCUGGAGCGUGUCCUGAUCCUCUCGUUUUCCUCUUGACUAUUAAGGUGUUAACUAAUACACUUGUUAGAUACUUGUGAAGAGCUGACUGAGAUGCUCCCCACUCCUGGACCUGUUUGCUGACAUUUCCCAGGACCCUGGCCCUGGCCCUGGUCCCCGCUCACUGGGCCAGACCUGUUCCUGUAGGCUCCCAGACUUUGCCGUUGCUGAUGUUCUAGCCAGGCGUGCCCCUUCUGAAGAGCCGCCGUUCCGGCAUUCCAUCUGCCCGCUGAGAGCUGUACCUUUAGAAGGGUUCCUUGGCCCCUCUGUUUCUUGGUUCCUACUUGGAAGCCUGGUGCAGGCACUUGGGAAACCCAAAUGUUCUGAGAAAGCUUGAGGCAGCUUGUGAGGAGCAGCUUUUUCCUCACAGCUGGCCAUCUCUUGCCGUGAGGGAGGAAGGGGGAAAAGAAACAUUUAAGAAGUGAGGCUCGUGGGACAGGCUUGACAGGAGCCAUGGACCACCUGACAGAGGCCCAAGCCGCAGUCAGUGUGACUGGGUGGCGGAGCUCCGGGCCUGCGUUGCUUCUCUGUUUGGGAGGGUCUGGAUCUGACUCAGUCACAGCUUCCCCAUUCCUGUCCCCAGCAAGAACCUCUGGCUUUUCCCUUAGGGACUGCAGGGCGCAUGUUCACCCUUUCUUUGUCCUUUUGCAGUUGUUUUUUUGAGAAAGGGUUUCUCUGUGUAUUCCUGGCUGU